AUGACCACUGUACAGAAGAUCAAGGAAGUCGAAGAUGAGAUGGCCAGGACCCAGAAGAACAAGGCCACGAGCUACCAUCUGGGGCAGCUCAAGGCCAAGCUCGCGAAGCUUAGGCGCGAGCUCCUCGGGCCGACGGGUGGAGGUGGUGGUGGAGGCGGCCUUGGCUUCGAUGUCGCCAGGACCGGUAUAGCGUCAGUGGGCUUCGUCGGCUUCCCCUCGGUUGGCAAGUCGACCCUAAUGUCAAAACUCACCGGCACGCACUCAGAGACUUCUGAGAUCGACUUCACCACGCUCACAACGGUCCCUGGAACGCUGAAAGUGCAUGGCGCUCCAAUUCAGAUUCUUGAUCUUCCUGGUAUCAUCGAGGGUGCAAAUGACGGCCGAGGUAGAGGUCGACAAGUCAUUGCCGUCGCGCGCACAUGCAACCUCAUCUUCAUCGUCCUCGACGUGCUCAAGCCUCUCGGUGACAAGACAAUCAUUGAAUCCGAACUUGAGGCAUUCGGCAUCAGACUAAACAAGAAACCUCCAGCAAUCACUGUCAAGAAGAAAGACAAGGGCGGCAUCGCAAUAACGAAUACUGUACCCCUGACAAAGAUCGACCAUGAUGAAAUCAAGGCGAUUUUGAGCGAGUACAAGCUGAGCAACUGUGAUGUCGCGAUACGACAGCCGAAUGCUACCGCGGACGACCUUGUCGACGUCAUUGAGGGUAACAGGGUGUACAUCCCCGCGAUAUACGUGCUGAACAAGAUUGAUGCCAUUUCGAUUGAAGAACUGGACCUCCUAUACAAAAUACCCAACAGUGUUCCCAUAUCUUCUCGUGAAUGGCUCAACAUCGACGAGCUCAUGGACAUAAUGUGGCGGCGACUGGAUCUUGUGCGGGUAUACACAAAGCCUCGCGGUGCACCUCCAGACUACAGCUCGCCAGUUGUGCUGAGACGAGGGAAGUCUGCCGUAGAGGACUUCUGUAGCGCGAUUCACAAGGAGAUCGCCAAGCAGAUGAAAUACGCAAUUGUCUGGGGCGCGAGCGCGAAGCAUGCAAGAGGCCAGAAAGUCGGCUUGGAACAUGUGCUGGAGGAUGAGGAUGUCGUCCACAUAGCGAAGAAGUGA